GUUUUAUUUGCCUGUGAGGACAAAUACCUGGGGUCCCCUAAAUCGAAAGAUAUCCCAACAAGUAACAAUCACGAGAAAUAUUCAACAGGAAUUUUAGUUGUAUUACAACCAAUAUUCUAUGAGCCCUAUCCAACAACUGUAUAGGUUUGAUUCCUUUUCCCCCUUAUCUGAGCGUUUUUCAGGCAAAAGUCCACCUUCCCGACCGUGUCUCUUUAUGUCGUGUGCAUACCUGCGAUUCAGUUAGUGCCUCGAUGUUCGCACUUCUCUACACGCGUAAUAUCCAUCACGCCUACCUUUUUUUUUUCACCGGCGCCUACUGAAAAAAAGCCUUAAAAGAGUAAUAGGCCUACCACGCUUUUGCCCUCCCAGCUAACAUAUACAUAAACAUGUCCGAUCUCCAAAGCGCAACUCCAGAUAUCGUCAUCGGCGGUUCCCUCGAGGAAGAAGAGUCCUACCAGUACGAACAUGAAGUAGAAAGCGGUGACGAACAUGAGGUCGAAGUAGCUGAAGACGAGGCCGCCAAGAAGACCGUGUCUUUCGACGUCAUCGAUGAGGCCGAGGAGGAGGAAAACGCUCGCCGCGAGUUCUUAGAAGGCGGUGGCUUACCAGAACAGCCAGAUAACCCAGACUUCUCCACCAUGUCGCCAUUAUCCCCAGACAUCAUCAACAGACAGGCCACCAUCAACAUCGGUACCAUCGGCCACGUCGCCCACGGUAAGUCCACAGUGGUCAAGGCAAUUUCCGGUGUACAGACCGUCCGUUUCAAGGAUGAAUUAGAGAGAAACAUUACCAUCAAGUUGGGUUACGCCAACGCCAAGAUCUACAAGUGUGAGAGCGACGACUGUCCAGAGCCAGACUGCUACCGCUCUUUCAAGUCCGACAAGGAAAUCUCUCCAAGGUGUCAGCGCCCAGGCUGUACCGGGCGCUACAAGUUGGUCCGUCAUGUGUCCUUUGUCGAUUGUCCGGGUCACGAUAUCUUGAUGAGUACCAUGUUGUCUGGUGCCGCCGUCAUGGACGCGGCGCUUUUAUUAAUUGCCGGUAAUGAGUCAUGUCCGCAGCCACAGACCUCCGAGCAUUUGGCCGCCAUCGAAAUCAUGAAGUUGAAGCACGUUAUCAUUCUCCAGAACAAGGUCGAUCUUAUGAGAGAGGAAAGUGCGUUGGACCACCAGAAGUCGAUUCUCAAGUUCAUUAGAGGUACCAUCGCUGAUGGUGCUCCGAUCGUGCCGAUUUCCGCUCAGUUGAAGUACAAUAUCGAUGCUGUCAACCAGUUCAUCGUCUCCACCAUUCCGGUUCCACCAAGAGACUUCUCCGCCUCCCCUAGAUUGAUUGUCAUUCGUUCCUUCGAUGUCAACAAGCCGGGUUCCGAGAUUGCUGACUUGAAGGGUGGUGUUGCCGGUGGCUCUAUUUUGACCGGUGUGUUCCGGAUCGGCGACGAGAUUGAAAUCAGACCGGGUAUCGUUACCAAGGAUGACAACGGGAAGAUCCAGUGUAAACCGAUUUUCUCCAAGAUUGUCUCCCUCUUUGCUGAACACAACGACUUGAAGUUUGCCGUGCCGGGUGGUUUGAUCGGUGUGGGUACCAAGGUCGAUCCUACCUUGUGUAGAGCUGAUAGAUUGGUCGGUCAGGUCGUGGGUGCCAAGGGCCACUUGCCAUCCAUCUACACUGACAUCGAAAUCAACUACUUCUUGUUGCGUCGUUUGUUAGGUGUCAAGACCGACGGCCAGAAGCAAGCCAAGGUGCGCAAAUUGGAGAAGGACGAGGUGUUGAUGGUUAACAUCGGUUCCACCGCUACCGGUGCCAGAGUCAUUGCUGUCAAGGCCGAUAUGGCCAGAUUGCAGUUGACCUCCCCUGCCUGUACUGAGGUGGACGAGAAGAUUGCCUUGUCCAGACGUAUCGACAAGCACUGGCGUUUGAUCGGCUGGGCCACCAUCAAGAACGGUGCCACUUUAGAGCCAGUCAACGCUUAAACCCCCUCACUAAUGUCAUUUCCUCUCUUCAUACUAGAUCAUCUCCAGUAUGAAGGGACAAACAGCACCGGUGGUGCUUUGUAUUUUCCUCUUUAAAUUGAAUAUUGUUCAUCUGUAUUAGCAAAUAGCUACGACUGUCACCAGUGGAAGGCCACCGAAUGGCUGUGGUAGUCCCUAUAUCAGAAUUUUCGUAAAAUGACUUUAGCCCACUAUAACAGGAAAGCCCUCUGGUAAGGGAUUUAU